GUGCCGUGCAGCCUGGAGUAUUGGGACGAGCUCCAGCACGCCUUCGUGCCCUACCGAGAGUUCAGCCUAUCAGAGAGUAGCGCCUGCGAGCUGACCCUGCCCAGCCUGACGCUGACCAAUGAGCAGAAGGAGCUGGUGACCUCUGACCUGUGGAGGAUCGUCCUCAACAACAACACAGACGGAGGAGACGAACAGAGGUGAGAGAGAGGAUUAACUCUUCGCUGUGUGUGUGUUUAUCUGUGUGUGUGUGUGUGGUUCAGUGAGCCAGUACAGUGCAGAGCGUUGAGCGUCUCUGAGCACAAAAGCCUCUGUGUGUCGGGCACUCGCUCCACAUCUGGGAGGGAGGGAGGGGAGGUGGGGGAGGAGGGGGGAGGCAGUGGACAUGGCCCAGGUUCAGACUACUACUGAGAUUUCCCAGCACACCAAGUGGCUGUCAGCGGACAUUCUGCUUCUUGGGAGGGGGAGAGGGGGGAGAGGGGAGGGAGGAAGGAGGGCAGAGGGAGGAGAGGCGGGAGACAGGAGGGGAAAAAACGUGGAGGAGGGAGGCAGGAUGUGGGAAGAGGAGAGGAGGGAGACAGGAGGGGAAAAAAAAAAGUGGAGGAGGGAGGGAGGAGGAGAGGAGAGGAGAGGAGGGAGACAGGAGGGGAGAGGAGAGGAGGGAGGCAGGAGGGCAGAGGAGAGGAGAGGAGGGAGACAGGAGGGGAAAAAAGUGGAGGAGGGAGGCAGGAGGGAAGCAAGAGGAGAGGAGGGAGGACAGGAGGGGAAAAAAGUGGGAGGAGGAGAGGAGAGGAGAGGAGAGCGAGGGAGGGAGACAGGAGCGGGAGGAGGAGAGGAGGAGGCAGGAGGGUUAGAGGAGAGGAGGGAGGCAGGAGGGGAGAGGAGAGAGGGAGACAGGAGGUAGAGGAGAGGAGAGGAGAGGAGAGGAGAGAGAGGAGAGGAGAGAAGAGGAGAGGAGAGGAGAGGAGAGGAUGAGGAGGCAGGCAGGAGAGGAGAGAGAGAGGGAGAAAAGGAGGAUAGAGGAGGGAGGAAGGGGAGGAGAGGAGAGGAGAGGAGAGGAGAGGAGAGGAGAUGUGAGAGGAGAGGAGAGGAUGAGGAGAGGAGGGAGAGGGAGUAGAGGAGGGAGACAAGGAGGGGAGAGGAGGUGAGAAAGGAGGGCGAAUGAGAGGAGAGGAGGGGGAGGGGAAGAUAGGAGAGGAGAGGAGGAGGCAGGAAGGGGAGAGGAGGGAGGGACAGGAGGGGAGAGGAGAGGAGGGGACAGGAGGGUUUAGAGGAGAAGGGAGGAGAAGGAGAGGAGAAGGAGAGGAGAGGCGGAGGAGAGGAGAGGAGGGAGAAAGGAGGGUAGAGGAGGGAGGCAGGAGAGGAGAGGAGAGGAGAGGAGAGGACGAGGAGAGGAGAGGAUGAGGGAGAGGAGAGGAGAGGAGAGGGAGGAGAGGAGAGGAGAGGAGAAGGGAUGCAAGGAGAGGAGAGGACAGAGGAGAGGAGAGGGGAGAUAGGAGCGAAGGAAAAGGAGGGGAGAGGAGGGAGACAGGAGGGGAGAGAGGCAGAGGAUGAGGAGAGGAGAGGAGAGGAAGUGAGAGGAGAGGAGAGGGGAGAGGAGAGGACGAGGGAGAGGAGGAGAGGAGAGGAGAGGAGAGGAGAGGAGGCAGGCAGGAGAGGGAGGAGGGAGACAGCGAGGAUAGAGGAGGGAGGCCAGGAGAGGAGAGGAGAGGAGAGCGAGAGGAGAGGAGAGGAGAGGAGAGGAGAGGAGAGGAGAGGAGAUAGGGAGGGAGACAGGAGGGGAGAGGAGGAGACAGGAGGGGGAGAGAGGAGAGAGGAGGGGAGAGGAGGCGGAGAGGAGGGAGGCAGAGGGGCAGGGGGGGAGAGGAAGGAUGGGAUGGAGGGAGAGAGGAGAGCCCUUUGGUGUGGCUCAGCUCAGCUUCAGCAUCUGGAGUUAGAUCAGGGGAGAGCGCCAGAGAACCUAAACAGAAAAACAUAUACUGGACCUUCUUGACUAUCUACUGAUCUCUCGAUUCUCUCUAUCUUAUCUAAAUCAUACUCUCUCUCUCUUCUCUCUCUCUCUCUAUCAUCUAUCUAUAUCUCUCUUAUCUAUCUCCGUCCUCUUGCUCUCUCACUGUCUCUCUCAAUUUAAUUGGAAUUUUAUUUAAGGGGUCUUUAUUGGCAUAUGUUUACAUUGCCAAAGGAUAAUAAACAAAAGUGAAUUAAGCAAUAAAAAAAUGCACAGUAAAUUACCAAUCACAAAGUUUCAAAAAGAUAAAGACAUUGUUUAAGUGUUCAUAUUAUGUCUAAUACAGUGUUGUAUGAUAUGCAAAUAGUAAGACAAUAAAAAAAGGGUUUUGUAUUUACAGGUUGGUUUGUUUUUAAAAGGGUUGCCUUUUUUGUGGAAAAAGGACGAAUUUGCGUGGGGCCCCCUGUGGUUUUUCACUAGGAAAGGGAGUGAAAAAGGAAAUUUGAAAAGGGGGGUUAUUUCCUUUUUUGUUUUUUUAUAUGGUAUUUUUUUUGGGGGAUAUUUAUUUCUUUUGUAUUUUUUUUUAUUUUUCCUAUCUAUUCUUACUUCCUCUCUCUCUCUCUCUUUCUCCCCCCUUCUCUCUCUCUCUCUCUUCUUCUUCUUCUUGUUUUUUUUGUUUUUUUCUCCCCGGUUCUGCGUUUUUCUCUUUUUUCCUCUCUCUUCUCUGCCUUCCCCCUUUUUCCCCUGUUCUUUUUGUCUUUUUUCUGUCUCCCCUUUUAUUUUUUCUCUCUCUCUCUUUUGGUUUCCCCCUUGUUUCCGUUUCUCGGUUUUCCCCCCCCUUUUUUCCUCUCUUCCCCUCUCCUCCUACCUUUGGUUUUCCCUUUUUGCUCUCUCCACCCUUCCCUCUUUCCUUUUCUCUCUCUUUUCUCCCCCUCUCUCUCUCUCUCUCUCUCCUCUCUCUCUCUCUCUGUCUCCCUCCCUCCCUCCCUGGGUUUGGGGACUUUCUGUGUCAGCUAACAGCCAAGCCUACAUUCUGUGUGGGUUUAAGAGCUCCCGAGGAGCAGAAUGGGAGGAAUCAGAAAACAUGGAAUAAAGAGAAGAGUACAACAUAAAAUACCAACCCAGUGAAAAGCCAAAUAUACAUCUGCAUUUCAUUACAAUCAUACUCCAAACAGUACAUUUCCUUUAUUGUCAAAGUGUGUGUCCCAAAUGAUAUCUUAUUCCCUAUAUAGAGCACUAUGGACCCUGGUCAAAAGUAGUGCACUACGUAGGGAAUAGUGUGCUAUUUGGGACGCACCCAACAUGUGAUGGUUAUCCACCGUGCCUCUGUUCCUGUUCCUCCUGCAGUUGUAUGGAUCAUAGUAGCAACUAAUGACAGAGCCAAUAGUCGCUAAGCUCAAUUAUCCUCUGUCCAGUCAUCCUCCAUGACACCCUGUUAAUGUCCAGCCAGUCAUCCUCCAUGACACCCUGUUAAUGUCACGCCCUGGCUCUGGGGACACUUGCAUGUUGAGCCAGGGUGUGCAUUUAAUUUGUUUAUCGAGUAUGGGUAUUUCUAUGUUGGCUUGAGUGGCUCCCAAUCAGAGGCAACGAGUGUCAGCUGUCGUUGGUUGUCUCUGAUUGGGAGCCAUAUUUAAACUGUCUGUUUCCCAUUUGUGUUUGUGGGAUCUUGUUUCAAGUCUGUUCAGUUUAGACCGUGAGCUGUCACGUUUCGUUUGUUGUUUUGAUCGUGUCUCAAUUAAAGACUAUGUUUGCCUGCAACGCUGCGCCUUGGUCCUCAUCAUCUCUGUUAGACGAUCGUGACAGUUAAUGUCCAUCCAGUCAUCAUGACACCCUGUUAAUGUCCAUCCAGUCAUCCUCCAUGACACCCUGUUAAUGUCCAGCCAGUCAUCCUCCAUGACACCCUGUUAAUGUCCAUCCAGUCAUCCUCCAUGACACCCUGUUAAUGUCCAGCCAGUCAUCCUCCAUCACACCCUGUUAAUGUCCGUCCAGUCAUCCUCCAUGACACCCUGUUAAUGUCCAGCCAGUCAUCCUCCAUGACACCCUGUUAAUGUCCAUCCAGUCAUCCUCCAUGACACCCUGUUAAUGUCCGUCCAGUCAUCCUCCAUGACACCCUGUUAAUGUCCAUCCAGUCAUCCUCCAUCACACCCUGUUAAUGUCCGUCCAGUCAUCCUCCAUGACACCCUGUUAAUGUCCAUCCAGCCCGUCUCCAGGCAACAGCAGCAGUAACAGCUAACCUAAACCCUGGACCAGAUGUAGGGGAGGACGAGACGCUUCCUAACCGCUAUCCUCUCUUCCUGUGAUCUUGUCAGUAGAAUGGAGUAGAAUGUUUGUGUAGAUGUCACGGUCAGUGGUGGUACGACAUAAAAUAGAAAAUAUCGGCCGAACCUUCCACUGCCAUUGAGACUUCCAUGUAUCUUUCUGAUUGGGCACCUCACCUUAAAGGUUCUUUAUUUCUUACUAGGUCUUUCUAUGUUUAUCUGCUGUCUCUGGAUCAGUCAGGAUAGUGUUCUAGACAGUACUGACUAUAUUCAAAGACGUGUUGUUCUCCUCCCUCCCUAGAUCAGACCCGGAGGUAGAAAAUAUACACUAACAAAAUACUGGAAGUGUUGAUCUUUGUUCUUUCUCCUCUCCCUCCCUGUUGUGACAGUGAGUCAGCUUUAAAUACUGUCAAUCUUUUAAUAUUUAUUUAUGUAUGUCUUUACAGUUCUGACAGUGAGUCAGGUUCUCAGCAGGGUUCCUCGGUGUCCCAUCUUCUGCCCUGUGACCAGCUGGUGUCCCCCAUGGCGCUGGCAGCCUGUACCCGGGUCGACUCCUGCUUCGCCCCCUGGUCCGUGCCCUCCCUGGGCGUCUCUCUCACCCUGGCACAGAUACAGCUGCACCUCUGCCACCACCUGGAGCAGCUGGGCACAGGUACUGUAACACUGUCACACAAAGUGGAACUUUCCAGAAGAAAAUCACAAUUGGGCUUUUUUUUUGCUAUUUUCUCGUGUUUCAUCUCAAGGCGUUCUCUAGGAACAUCAUACAACUGAUGCAGUGUAACUGUACUGGAACAUCAUACAACUGAUGCAGUGUAACUGUACUGGAACAUCAUACAACUGAUGCAGUGUAACUGUACUGGAACAUCAUACAACUGAUGCAGUGUAACUGUACUGGAACAUCUCUUUAGUUGUAUAUUUUGAUUCACUCACAUCUCCUCUGUCUGUCUGUCUGUCUGUCUGGCUAUUCCCUCUCCAGUGCCGUCACGUCGACUCCGCCCCUUCCUGCCAGACAGGAAGCUGCCUCAGGAGCAGGAGUACCUGGUCAUCAGGGCGCAAGAGCCACGGGUGUUCCUUCGCCAGUGGAGCGGUGGUAGCGGUAAGGGUAGUUCUUCCCGGCUGUGCCAGGAGCUCCAGUUCUCCACUGAGCUGGACUGCAGACUGCUGGAGUACCGGAACCUGACUUGGCUCUGCCUGCUGCAGCCGUUCAUACUGCAGGGCCAGGCUGCGGCCACGCGCUGCUCCAACAACAUCCUCCUGGACGGGAACGUCUUCAUAGACCCUGUCUACAUCAGCAUCAGCCAGUACACUGUACAUACCCUGGAUACAGCCCUACAGAGCUGGCAACAGGUGAGACUACUGUUAGAUACUCAUUCACCCUAAUCCUAACCCUAACGUUCAUCAACAUCAGCCAGAACACUGUACAUACACUGCAUACUGCGCUGUAGGACUUGCAACAGGUGAGACACCCUGGACCAACACAUAACUGAUAAAUGAAAUGGGCGACUGCCAUAGAAACAGCAGUGAAAUGGUAUGUGAGUGGCGCAGUGGUCUAAGGCACUGCAUCGCAGUGCUAGCUGUGCCACUAGAGAUCCUGGUUCGAAUCCAGGCUCUGUCGUAGCCGGCCGUGACCGGGAGACCCAUGGGGCGGCGCGCAAUUGGCCCAGCGUCGUCCAGGGUAGGGGAGGGAAUGGCCGGCAGGGAUGUAGCUCAGUUGAUAGAGCAUGGCGUUUGCAACGCCAGGGUUGUGGGUUCGAUUCCCACAGGGGGUAUGAAAAAAAAUUAAAAAAAAUAAUAAUAAUGUAAGUCGCUCUGGAUAAGAGCGUCUGCUAAAUGACGUAAAUGUAAAUGUAAAUGUAAAUGUAAUGUGAUGUUGGUGACUUAUACAGUGUUAACAGACAGGCCUGAAUGUGUGACUGGUCAUAAAGGGGGUUCAGUGUCCAGUUCCAGAUCCUAGCAUUGCUCCAUCUCAGCCAUUAAACCCAGCUCCCUACAAGCUUGUUAAGACGUGCUAAAAGCUAGCUGCGUCCCCAUCGUUGGAUCAGCUAAGCAAAUAUCCAGUGACCUGGAUCGGACUCAGCACCUCCCUCCCUGGUCUCUCCCUGUUCCUCAUCAGCCCUGCUCUGGUCUGACCUGGUGUGCUCUGGCCUGAUCUGCGCUGCUCUGGUCUGGUAGCCAGAAGGCUGUGUGAAAACAUGGUAAAACUGGAGUGAUGACACCUGCCAAGACCUCAUCUGGCCCUGGUCUCUCUCUCUCUCUCUCUCUCUCUCUCUCGCUCCUCUCUCUCUCUCUCUGUCUCUCUAUGUCUCUCUCUCUCUGUCUCUCUCUCUCUCUCUCUCUGUCUCUCUCUCUCUCGCUGUCUCUGUCUCUCUCUCUCUGUCUCUCUCUCUCUCUCUCUCUCUCUCUCUCUCUCUCUCUCUGUCUCUGUCUCUUUCUCUCUGUCUCUCUCGCUGUCUGUCUCUCUGUCUCUCUCUGUCUCUCUCUGUCUCUCUCUGUCUCUCUGUCUCUCUCUUUGUCUCUCUCUCUCUCUCUUCCUCUCCUUCUCCCUCUCUCUCCUGGCCUCCCUCCCUGCCUCAGCCAUGACUGUGCUGACUCAUAUAAAGGACCCAGGAGACUCAGGAGAGUUAUGUGUUCUGAUGAGGUCAACCUCUCUCCUCAGAAAAUUAGAGUUAUUUGUCUAGAUCCAGCUGCUGGGUUUCUACCUGUGUGAUCUGGAAUGGUUUGAUACAGAUCUUUAGUUUACUAGAUAUGUCGUCUAAAUGACAUGACUGGAGUGGUUGCUUUUAUUUGUUCAGUUGCGUAGUUGACUCCCAGCACGGGCAGCAUUGACUCAUCAUGGUUUAAGAUGUGAUAGGCCUGACCCCUCAUGAUGAAAUAAUACUGUAGAAGUCACUGUUAUGUGAAUGUUCCCUAUUUGAGAUGGUUACUUCCCUCAUAAAUAAAGCUCCAUCUAAAGGUCACCUUCUAACAGCUCCAGCAGAGGAUUUCUGGACACUGAGUUGCAGUGAGUGGCCUCAGCUGUGACUGAUCUGUGUCCAUACUGGACCCAGUGCCAGCAGCAGAUCAAUGUGAGGGCAACAGCCACAGACAGACAGACAGACAGUCACACAGACAGACAGACAGACAGACAGACAGACAGACAGACAGACAGACAGACAGACAGACAGACAGACAGGACAGACAGACAGACAGACAGACAGACAGACAUUGACAGUCACACACUCAGACAGACAGACAUUGACUGACAGACAGACAGACAGACAGACAGACAGACAGACAGACAGACAGACAGACAGACAUACAGACAUUGACAGUCAGACAGACAGACAUAUAUUGACAGACAGACAUUGACAGUCACACAUUCAGACAGACAGUCAGACAUACAUUCAGACAGUCUGACAUUGACAGUCAGACAGACAGACAGACAGACAUUGACAGACAGACAGACAGACAGACAUUGACAGACAGACAGACAGACAGACAGACAGACAGACAGACAGACAGACAGACAUUGACAGACAGACAGACAGACAUUGACAGACAGACAGACAUUGACAGUCACACAUUCAGACAGACAGUCAGACAUACAUUCAGACAGUCUGACAUUAACAUUCAGACAGACAGUCAGACAUACAUUCAGACAGUCGGACAUUAACAGUCAGACAGACAGUCAGACAUACAUUCAGACAGUCCGACAUUGACAGUCACACAGUCUGACACAGUCAGUCAGACAGACAGAGACAUUGACAGUCACACAGUCAGACAGUCAGACAUUGACAGACAGAGACAGUCAGACAGUCAGACAGACAGACAGACAGACAGACAGACAGUACAUCUGAUGUUGUUCAGGCUUUGUUCAUUAUGUCUCCUGAUUCCCUGAUUGUCUUGACCAGGAGACAGCAGCAGGCUUGUAACCCUUAUAGGAACAGAGUGUUGGCACUCUGAAAGACCGCCGCAAUUCUAACUAGAACGAACAACAUGUGUGUAGGAAGAGGAGGAGGAUAGGAGAGCGUUGUAGUGGUGUAGAGGGAGGCUGAAGACCAAACCUGAUACACCAGGAAUUCUAUUGAAAUAUUUGGCCCACUUCAGAGGAAGCUGUGAACAUGCUCCCAAGGAACAUUCCUGCCCUCUGUUUCCCUUUUGGUUUCAGACAAAGUAAAGCUUGUACAGUGAGGGAAAAAAGUAUUUGAUCCCCUGCUGAUUUUGUACGUUUGCCCACUGACAAAGAAAUGAUCAAUCUAUCAUUUUAAUGGUAGGUUUAUUUGAACAAUGAGAGACAGAAUAACAACAACAGAAUCCAGAAGAACGCAUGUCAAAAAUGUUAUAAAUUGAUUUGCAUUUUAAUGAGGGAAAUAAGUAUUUGACCCCUCUGCAAAACAUGACUUAGUACUUGUUGGCAAUCACAGAGGUCAGACGUUUCUUGUAGUUGGCCACCAGGUUUGCACACAUCUCAGGAGGGAUUUUGUCCCUCCUGAGUAGAGAUCCAGCUUUAUACAGGCUGUGGAGACCAGCAGAGACACAGCUUUAUACAGGCUGUGGAGACCAGCAGAGACACAGCUUUAUACAGGCUGUGGAGACCAGCAGAGACCCAGCUUUAUACAGGCUGUGGAGACCAGCAGAGACCCAGCUUUAUACAGGCUGUGGAGACCAGCAGAGACACAGCUUUAUACAGGCUGUGGAGACCAGCAGAGACCCAGCUUUAUACAGGCUGUGGAGACCAGCAGAGACCCAGCUUUAUACAGGCUGUGGAGACCAGUAGAGAGACAGCUUUAUACAGGCUGUGGAGACCAGCAGAGACCCAGCUUUAUACAGGCUGUGGAGACCAGUAGAGACCCAGCUUUAUACAGGCUGUGGAGACCAGCAGAGACCCAGCUUUAUACAGGCUGUGGAGACCAGCAGAGACCCAGCUUUAUACAGGCUGUGGAGACCAGCAGAGACCCAGCUUUAUACAGGCUGUGGAGGGAGGGAGGGAGGGAGGGAGGAAUGCUCCACCACCACACAAUCAGAGACAAGGGCCCAAAGGCCAGGCAUGGCCCAGGCAGGGCAGACUGGUUACACAGAGCAGGGGGCGCUGUACCCCCCCCCCCCCCCCCCCAACCCCAACUUUCCCCAGGCAGGCCUACCCCCCAGCCCCAAACCCAGCUUUCCUCCCUUCUCUCCCUCUCCUCUCCCCGGGGAAGUGGCUUUAGGGGUUAGCCACAGUAAAGCACAGUAGUAUUUACACACUCCACUUUCUCACAGAACACCAAAUGUGCACUUAGGGAAUCACAAGGGAGGAGGGCUUUUUCUGUUCCUGUUUGAAUGAUCCAGCCCGUAUUUAGCCCCUGGGAAAGAAGAGAAGAUAGAUCCAUAGCUAGUUAUAGACAGAUCAGGUUUCUGUUCCCAGCAGAUGUAGCGGGAUCUGAUGGCCCAUGCAGGAAACAGGGUUUGUACCGUAGGUGUUCCUUGAUCUGAUUAUUGUCUGUUUUAUAAUGUAAACUUUACUGCCCAUAAUGUCGCCUCAACUUCUGCAUGGCAAGGAUCCAAUUCCAUGUAUGUGAUUAGUAUUUCUCUCAGUGUAUAUUACUGUCUCCAGUGUGUCACGUCUAUUGUAGAUCUGUGUGACAUAGAGAGCACCAUAUAUACAGACGUAACAAGGCCUGAUGUGUACAGGGAGCAGGAGGGGUAAUGUAAUAUGUGACAGGAUUAUAGAAAUGGAUACUCUGGUGUCUGCUGGGACGUCUGCUGACAGAGGAACUGUCACUUUAACCCUUUAACAAGCAGGUUCUGUUGACUAUCAACAUACCACAGCAGUAAUAUUUGUCCACAUAAAGCCGUUGAUUGACAGAAGAGGAGGAUAGAGGAUCAUGGGGGUGAGUUCGAGCUAUUUUGAUGCCUGUAUCGUGUAGCCUUAUGAAUACUCUCUGUUAACUGAUACCAUCAAAAGACGGCUUAGCAUGGCAUCUUAAAGAUGUCUGGAAGUUUAGAUAUCUGGGUGUCCCGUUGAAGGAGCCUCAGAUAGCAUUCCUCUAUAAAGUGGGAAUGGAUUUGAACUCUGCCCACAGCUGUCCCAUGCGACUGAAAAACUGUCUCUGUCCACCAGGUUUAAUGGUGUAAACGUUCUCAUCAGUUUCCAAUAGCAACAACAGAACGUGUUUUUGGCUGUUAAACUCUCAGCUUUUUACUGCCAGUCUCGUUUAACUGUCACCCUGCUUCACUGACGUGGGGUCUGUUGUGUUGAGGUUGGACUGGUUCAUGAGAAGCUCUCUGACGUGGGGGUCCCUGUUGUGUUGAGUUGACUGGUUCAUGAGAAGCUCUCUGAACGUGGGUCUGUUGUGUUGAGGUGGACUGGUUCAUGAGAAGCUCUCUGACGUGGGGUCUGUUGUGUUGAGGUUGGGACUGGUUCAUGAGAAGCUCUCUGACGUGGGGUCUGUGUGUUGAGGUUGGACUGGUUCAUGAGAAGCUCUUGACGUGGGGUCUGUUUGUGUGAGGUUGGACUGGUUCAUGAGAAGCUCUCUGACGUUGGGGUCUGUUUGUGUGAGGUUGGACGUUCAUGAGAAGCUCUCUGACGUGGGGUCUGUUGUGUUGAGGUUGGACUGGUUCAUGAGAAGCUCUCUGACGUGGGGUCUGUUGUGUUGAGGUUGGACUGGUUCAUGAGAAGCUCUCUGACGUGGGGUCUGUUGUGUUGAGGUUGGACUGGUUCAUGAGAAGCUCUCUGACGUGGGGUCUGUUGUGUUGAGGUUGGACUGGUUCAUGAGAAGCUCUCUGACGUGGGGUCUGUUGUGUUGAGGUUGGACGGUUCAUGAGAAGCUCUCUGAAACGUGUGGUCUGAUUGUGAGGUUGGACUGGUUCUGAGUCAGCUCUCUGACUGUCUGGUUGAAAGGUUGGAUAUGGAACUCUCUGUGUUGAAGGGGUUGGACUGUUCAUGAAACUCCUCUGGACGUGGGGUCUGUUGUGUUGAGGUUGGACUGGUUCAUGUAGAGCUCUCUGAUCUGUAGGUGGUUGGACUGUGAAAUCUCCUGACUGGGGUGUUGGAUGUGUUGGACUGGUUCAUGAGAAGCUCUCUGACGUGGGGUCUGUUGUGUUGAGGUUGGAGGAGUUAUGGAGAAGCUCUCUGGAACACACUAGUGUUGCAUGAUUGCUCAGAGGGGUGUGGUGGUCCACGUGUUAACUCCUCCUGGAUCUGAACAGGGGUUGAAUGUGUUAACUCCUCCUGGAUCUGAACAGGGGUUGGAGGUGUUAACUCCUCCUGGAUCUGAACAGGGGUUGGAUGUGUUAACUCCACCUGGAUCUGAACAGGGGUUGGAUGUGUUAACUCCUCCUGGAUCUGAACAGGGGUUGGAUGUGUUAACUCUACCUGGAUCUGAACAGGGGUUGGAUGUGUUAACUCCUCCUGGAUCUGAACAGGGGUUGGAUGUGUUAACUCUACCUGGAUCUGAACAGGGGUUGGAUGUGUUAACUCCACCUGGAUCUGAACAGGGGUUGGAUAUGUUUGGAAAAGGUUCAAGUGAUUGGUCAUUUACCUGUUUUGGAAUUGCGUGCUCUUGAACUUUUAGUGUGUUUGAGAAGCACUCUCCAAAGCCCAGUGUUUUCAAUAAAAAGAGGAUUGGGAAAUUGAGUACAACUGAAUGCAUUCAACCGAAAUGGGUUUUCCACAUUUAACCCCUCUGAAUCAGAGGUGCCGUGGGCUGCCUUAAUCGACAUCCACGUCAUCGGUGCCCGGGGAGCAGUUGUUGUGAGGGGUUAACUGCCUUGCUCAAGGGCAGAACGGCAGAUUGUUAUACCUUGCCGGCUCAGGGAUUUGAACAAGCAACCUUUGGGUUACUGUCCCCACUCUCUAACCGCUUGGCUACCUGCCGCCCCAGGAUGAGGUGUCCACUGUUACCAUGCAAGGUGACCUGUUGGGUCACAGGAACAAUGUUGUCAGUUUGAGCAGAGCAGAGUAAAGGAGAGGAACAUGACCAGACACUGUCUGCUUGGAGCUCACUGUGGAGGUGGGCCUGACUGGCUGGCUGGCUGGCUGGCUGGCUGGCUGACUGGCUGACUGGCUGACUGGCUGGCUGACUGGCUGGCUGACUGGCUGGUUGACUGGCUGGCUGGCUGGCUGGCUGGCUGGCUGGCUGGCUGGCUGGCUGACUGGCUGGCUGGCUGGCUGGAUGGCUGGAUGGAUGGAUGGCUGGUUGACUGGCUGGCUCGCUGACUGGCUGGCUGACUGACUGGCUGGCUGACUGGCUGGCUGACUUGCAGGCCGAAUAAUUGACUGGCUGAUUAGCUGGAUGGCUGUUUGACUGGCAGGAUGAAUGACUGACUGAUUGAAUGACUGACUGGCUGACUGUGUGGCUGGCUGAUUCCACCAUAUUGUUCUCUCCUUAAACUGCAGCUCAGUCUCAUUUAUGACUCUUAUAGCAAGAAUGCUUACUUUCGCUCAAGCUUUUUCCAUGUCCUGUAAAAAAAUGGUGUUGCUAGUUGCCUGCCUGCCUGACUCCAGUGGUGUGGUAGAGAUGUGAUGUGACCCUUCUUAGUGGUGAUUACAGGUCUCCUGAAGGUUAUUGGACCAGGGGGCAGACCAUGGCCUUUUAGCCUAGUUCAGCUCCUUACACCUGGAGCUGGAUCAGAUCUGAACUCUGGAACUCCAUCAGGCCAUGUCAUGAUUAACAUCCCCCACAGAGACUCUGGAACUCCAUCAGGCCAUGUCAUGAUUAACAUCCCCCACAGAGACUCUGGAACUCCAUAGGCCAUGUCAUGAUUAACAUCCCCCACAGAGACUCUGGAACUCCAUCAGGCCAUGUCAUGAUUAACAUCCCCCACAGAGACUCUGGAACUCCAUCAGGCCAUGUCAUGAUUAACAUCCCCCACAGAGACUCUGGAACUCCAUCAGGACAUGUCAUGAUUAACAUCCCCCACAGAGACUCUGGAACUCCAUCAGGCCAUGUCAUGAUUAACAUCCCCCACAGAGACUCUGGAACUCCAUCAGGACAUGUCAUGGAUUAA